AUGGGAUUAGUUACAGGAUCGAAAGCCAGCUUCUUUGCAUUUCCUGCUUCCAAACUAAAGUUCAAUCAACAGCUUAACAAGUCACAAUUGUUAUCAACACUCUGGUAUAAAUCUCCAUCAUUUGACUCAGAAAGAGAUGCGUUGAAUGCACCAAGCACUUUGCCACUUGAUCUUAAACCUAGGGCUGAGAUUUAUCAUGAAGUUCAGGUUGAAAAUCCAAACCAGAAAGGGGCUAUUUUAAAGGCCAAACAAUUGGGAAAAUACGGUAAAUCGUUAGUGAAGUUUUACAAGAAAGGUGUAUCCAAUGUAUGGAACAAUAAGAAAGAGUUUAAUAGAUUGAUGAAGAAAGACUUCAAAAUUAUCAACCAAUUAAACAAUAGAGGUAAACAAACAGAUAUUCGAAUUCCUAAUUUCCAAAAAUUAACUCAAGAAAUGUCCCAGGCCAUAUAUAUGAAUAAAGUUGAAAAUAGUACGUUGAAUGAUAACACACGCGGCGAUGUCGUUAGGUCAGAUGUGAUAGAAAAGACGAUAGAUGAGGGGUUAUUCAAUAUGACAAGACAUCAGUACCAAUUAAUCAGACGUACUCGUAAAGAUUUUUUGAAAUUACCUUCGUUUGCAGUUAUAUUUGCGGCGUUUUUUGAAUUUACUCCAGUGGUUUGCUACGCUAUUCCAGAGAUUACCCCCCUGACAUGUAUCUUACCUAGUCUUGCUCCUAGAAUCUGGAGUGCAAAUGCAAACAAGAAGUUGAGAGAUCACAGGAUGGAUAAAACAGACGAAAAUUUGGACGACUUGGCCUUGAGAAAUGCUUACAAUAUCCCACUAGACGAGGCCAGGUUACUUUGCAGGGCAUUGUGUUUGACAUCGAAAUAUGUGCCAAGCAGUUUCUACCCCGAAACCGUCGUUCGUGGUCGUUUACAGCUUCAUUACAACUAUUUGCAAGUCGAUAAUUACUAUUUGAGUGGCCUCAACGGCGAGGGCUCGGGAAAUAUCUGGAACUUAUCGCAACAAGAGCUAUUCAGAGCGUGCUUAGAAAGAAACUUGAUCCUUGACCUCAAACAGGAUAUGAAAAAUUUUGACAAUAUAGAAGAUGAAGCAACCCAAGCAGUUUAUGAAGAAAAGUAUUUUACUGAAUUAAGAUUAAAAUUGUUCCAUUUCAUUGUGGAUUUUGAACAAUAUAAUAUAGGAUACUUAGGUAUGAACCAUUUGGUCAAAGAUAGUAUGGAUACCGAAUCUUUAUUACUGUGGUGGAAGCAAGAUAAUAUUAAAUAG